UGGUUCAAUGCAUUAAUAGCAGCGUUACAGCAGUCACUGGGCGGUGGUAACAAGAGGGACGUGGCAAAAUGGCGAGACGGAGGAUCACACAGGACACCUUUGAUGCUGUCGUUAAAGAAAACAUCGAGGAAUUUGAGAUGGAUGCUGAUGAGGCUCUUAGAGAAGCUGUGGAGCAGUUUGAGUCUCAAGGUGUGGACCUCAGUUGUAUAGUUAAAGUUGUACCGAAUAUAUUAUCAGAUGAAAAACAAGAGGAGCAAACUCAUGAAGUCUUGCAGGCCUUGGAUUCUCUUCGAGUCAGAAAUGACUCUUCCAGCUCCACUGAAAGGGAUAUGAUGGUCAACCUCAAAUGCUUUACUCAGCAAUGCUCCCUUGGAUUUGCCCAGAGAUACCUGGCUGCCCAAAAAGAUGCCUACGCCACCAUUCUCUCAUGCUGCAAAAACAGUGUGGAGGAACGGGAAGCUCUACUGGCCUCCUUAUCUGCUCUUGCUGCACUGACUGAUGGACAACCAGACCUGUUAGACCCAGAGGGCAAGGACCUACUUUUGCUUAUCCUAAACAAGUACCAGACAGAUGACUCUGUGAUGUGUGUAGGGGUUCGCACAGUACACCACUGUUGUUUGAAGCAUGAGCAGAACAGGCAGGAUUUGGUAAAAGCUGGAGUCCUGCCACUUCUUACUGGAGCCCUGGCACAGCGCAGUGGAUGUGCCGAGCUGGUCAAAGAGGCCUGUGCUGCCCUCAGGGUCAUGACCUUUGAUGAUGAUGUCAGAGUCCCAUUUGGGCAUGCUCAUGAACAUGCCAAGAUGAUAGUUCUGGAACACAAUGGCCUGAAAGUUAUUAUUGAGGCUGCGAAAGCUCACAAGGAUAAUAUUUCCAUCCUUAGUGAGCUAUGUGCAACAUUGUCUCGUCUGGCUGUAAGGAAUGAGUUCUGUCAAGACAUCUGUGACCUGGGAGGAUUAAAAUUCAUGAUGACUCUGCUUGCAGACAGCUUUGAAUCACAGGAUUUAGUUCGCCAGGUGUUGAGUGCUAUACGGGCUGUCGCAGGAAAUGAUGAUGUAAAAGAUGCUGUUGUGAAUGCAGGCGGAGUCCAGCUCAUUAUCAUUGCCAUGAACAGGCAUAUGAGCAACGCUCAUGUGUGUGAACAGGGCUGUGCUUGUCUCUGUGUACUUGCUCUGCGUAAACCCAACAACUGCAAAGUCAUCAUGGAGACCGGUGGUGCCUUGGCUGCCAUGCAGGCUAUGAAGGCACAUCCCAAUGAUUUCAAUUUACAGAAACAGGCGUGUAUGCUGUUGAGAAACCUAGUGUCUCGCAUGCGUAACUUCAGCCAACCUAUCUUGGAAAUGGGAGCAGAGGCCCUGAUAACCCAGGCACUUCAAACCCAUCAAGACUGUGGGGAUGUGGGUAGGGCAGCCCUUAGAGACCUUGGCUGUCAAGUUGAACUACGCGAGCUGUGGACAGGGAAAAAGGGCAGUCUCAGCAACUGAGUGCAGACCACCAUAAUAAUGGAGUAUGCUGCUGAAGAGCAUACUUGUUUGUCUUGCUCCAAAUCAAUAGGGGUUUGGACAGAAUGAAACGUCUUAAAUUGUAAUUUAUGAUGUUCAUAUGUGUAUUUAUGUGGAGAAAAUGUGAUGUUUUCAUUUGAUAUGCUGCAUAUUUUGAAAUUUGCCUUCGUCCUUUCAUAAGGAUGGUUGAAUAAGAUCUACUGUUGUUGUGCUAAACAUCCAAGGUUUUAAAGAAAUAUUGCAUGCACACGGCUACUGAGCCCUAACCACCACCCAUGGAAACGCUUAAGUGGCAUGAACCCCACCCAGUAAGCUUGGUGGUUUUAGUGUACCUUAAAACCAAUUGAAUGAGGUCAUUCAAUUGGUUUUAAGGGGCAGCACGGUGUCCCAGUGGUUAGCACUGUUGCAUCACAGCAAGAAGGUCCUGGGUUCGAACCCCAGGCUGUCCCAGAUCCUUUCUGUGUGGAGUUUGCAUGUUCUCCCCAUGUCUAUGUGAGUUUACUCCGGGUGCCCUGGUUUCCUCCCACCAUCAAAAAAACGUUCAUCCAUCCAGCCAUUCGUGUUAGGGGUACUACUCCUGUCUGUGCCCCUGACCAAGGCAAUGGAAAGAAGAGCUGGAGUUGCUGCAGACGCUCACGCACUGCUCCUAUACAACAGGAUGCAGAAAACAUUCAUUGUAACAAUACAGUUCGUUGUAAGAACACUAUGACAAAAUAAAGUG